UCCAUCUGUAAAAUUAUUCAUCUUUUGGUUAUCUGCUUCAGAUUCUUGUGCAUCAAAAUCGAUGGAAGGCUACAUAGAAUGGGUACCGAUCAAUCGAGAAAAUUUACUCAUAAUGCAUCCUCUGAAUUUAACCGUUCAGGUUUCCAGGAUUUCCUCCAGGGUUACUCCUCAAGAACUCAAUACCUUCUUCUCACAUUGUGGAACUGUCAACAAAAUCCAGCUCUAUAGAAAUAAAGACAAAUCACAGACGGCUUUGGUGACAUUCGCACAGCCAUAUGCAUUUCAAACUGCCCUUCUCCUUGAUGAAGCUGCUUUUGGUGGGCAAAUAAUUCGCAUCUUGCCUGCAAAGGAUUCAGAAAAUCCUCCCAGUCCAAACAAUCUGACUAAUGAGACCAAGAAGGGCGAAAACCAAGGAUUUAUUCCAGUAAUACAUGCUGAAAUGCAAGCUAUUGCUUCAAAAGGGGUUGAAGUGUUGAACAAAACCAGAGAGGAGGUAGAGGAAAACUACAAGCUCUCAGAGAAAGGUAGAGCUAUGAUUGAGAGGACAAAAUCACUGGUUUCCGCAGCUAAGCCGGCUGCAGAACAUGUUGGUUCUAAAAUAGUUAACAAUGAUUAUGUAACCAAAGGUGCAUAUUGGUUGUCUAGUGCAAUGGACAUGGCCUCCAAGUGUGCCGCAGAAUUAGGCACUAAAAGGAAGGAUAACCCUAAUUCUAGAAAGCAGAAAUGAAGCUUGCUGUGUUGCUCCUAUUUCUAAUAUUUGGUAGAUCAGCAGAAUCGUUCUAAUAUUUACUAAACGAAAUUGGAUUACAUGUGUUUAAUGUCAGAUAUUUUGAAGCAUGUAUAGAGGCUUAUUAUGUAAGUGAUCGCAGUUAUAUUGACAAGUGUGACUUUAUGUAUCUUAUGUUAUGAACUUAUU